UCCACCCACAAUAGCCCAAUGGUUGUAGAGUAGUGAACAUUCAGAUCUUCCCCACGUGCAGUUCUCCAGUAUACGGUGUAGUGUUAGUAGUUAGCAUUAGACUUUUAGAAAUAUGAAGAUGGACCUCCAGGUUUCAAACACUACUAGCAAUGGUACCGAGGAUAUACCAAAUGAUCCCGGGAAAAUGUUCAUCGGCGGCCUCAGCUGGCAGACAACUGGGGACUCGUUAAAGGAACACUUCGGAAAGUAUGGGGAGAUAAAGGAGGCAAUGGUGAUGAAGGAUCCGACCACCAAACGAUCCAGGGGCUUUGGGUUUGUCACAUUUAGAGAAUCGGCUGCUGUAGAGAAAGUGCUGGCUAAUGGGCCUCAUGAGCUGGACUCAAAAACGGUGGACCCCAAGGUAGCGUUCCCCAGAAAGGCUCAACCGAAGAUGGUUACCAGAACUAAGAAAAUCUUUGUCGGAGGGCUGUCUGCUGCUACCACAGUGGAAGAUGUCAAAAAUUAUUUUGGUAAUUUUGGCAAGAUCGAGGAUGCAAUGCUUAUGUUUGACAAGACAACAAAUCGCCACAGAGGGUUUGGGUUCGUGACCUUUGAGUCUGAAGAUGUUGUAGACAAAGUGUGUGAUAUCCAUUUCCAUGAGAUCAAUAAGAAGAUGGUGGAGUGUAAAAAGGCCCAGCCGAAGGAGGUCAUGUUACCAACAAGCCUAGCUCGGGGUAGGGGCCUAGCAAGGGGCACGUUCAUGACGAAUGAAGAUGGCGAGAUUGUGUGGGAUUUAUCAAGCGACAUUAUUAUGCCAGAGCUGUUGACCUCUCCCCAUCUUGGCGGUGUUCCUUUGACAAGCGGUAUGGAAGGCUUCCUGCCCCAUGGACUGCACACUGCUGCCUAUCCCUAUGCUGGCCGUGGAUUUCCAGCCAUUGCCCCUGCAGGGUACUACUAUCCAGGGCUCCCUGGUUAUGCUGGGUACCUCCCCACCACCCCCUCCGCCCCGGGGGAGAGACACAUGUCCCCCAUCUAUGCCGACCUCGGUGCUGCGACGGCCAAUCAAUUGACCGCAGGCUUACAAAGGAGCGAACAUUCGCCGCUGCCAGUCAGCACGUCGCCUCUCCAUCGUGUUGGCGAUCAUAUACUUACUGCCCAGCGUGCUACAGACCACAAUGGACUGGUCAGUUUAAAUGGAAUGGAGAGUUUAAUGUGGAACCUGAGGGGUGAAAGGCUCUCCGGUGUAGGAGGAAAAGCAUUGACUAACCGAUGCAUACAAAUGCAUACCGACGGAAGGACACAACCGUACCAAGUCGUGGUCAAGUCCACCCAGUCCACCCAAGCUGUGAUAAAUAACCUUGGCCAACAACAAGCCUUCCCCACUGCUACCUCUCCCGCCACCAGCAGUCGUGGUAUCCCGCUAGCCAACAGCCCCGGACCAUGUGACCUGUACAGCCAGGACGGUCUCAGCUAUAUUCAGGCCACCAGUCCCCAGCCAUCCAGCUUCGGCCAUAACCUAGCCGGACAGCUUAUAGCCACCAAUUUCCAGAAUGGUUACCAUUAACACCAGUCAACAUUAAACACCAAGUCAAUACAGACUAAAAAACAAAGAAAGCAUUUUAUGGCAGACAUGGUUGGAAGGAUGGUUGACCUUGUCGCAUGGAGGCUGUUACCAGCUCCAUUUUAGAAGACCAUUUUUAUAUCUCUAUUAUACUUUUCUUGAGCAAAUGGAAGGUACACAGAUCAUGUUUUAUUUGAAUUGUCUUACAUUAUUUUUGUGUUCUAAAUUAUUCCAUAUUUACAUUUCAUCUCCAGUUUAUGUGACGAGAUAAAGUUUUAUCACGAACGCCUGUACAUUUUACCGAAGGCCACUUAUUCUGUUAAUUGUUAUUAAAACAUUGCAUCAUAUGACAUGUAUACAUUUUAAUACAAACACAAACCACAUUUUCUUCUUAUUUUUGCCUUAUUAGAUUAGAAAAUUUUGCUUCCAUCUAUUAUUGAUUUUGCCAAAUGUGACCUUCCAAACCUCCUCUUGUAUAUUGUUCUUUUGUCAUAUGUUUGUAUAUAUUUUGAGUUUUAUUUGCUGAUUUUAAGUCACUUUUUUCAUAUUUUUAAUUUGUUGAAAUCAUGCGAUGAGUAAUGUACAUAGAGACAACCUAAAGCCAGAUGGAAGGUUUGUCUGUACAUCAGAACAUUGAUUACUUUGUUAUACUUGUUUUUAACUUCUGCCUGCCUUUGUAUCUUUAAGUUCAGAAGUUGUGUUCAAUAUCAGUUUUAACAAGCAAUACAAAACCUUUUUAAGUUGAUCUACUGCAAGCAGACUGUUAAAACCCUGCCAUAUUCCAACAAAACCCAAGUUUUAAUCUUGACUUUUAAAAGAAAUGAAAAUUGAGUGCUGAUUUUAGUUAGCCAUUUAGGGUUAUUCUAAAAUAAUAUUUUUAAAAUACGCAAAAUGAUUUCGAGCAUAUGUUGAAUUGUUUUUAUGAUUUUUUUUUUUUUUUAAAUCUAUUGAAUAAUGAGCAAUUUAUUCAUGUAAUAUCAUAGUUUAACUAAAUGAAAAAGGAAAUGUUCGAGAACAUGGUGACCAGCUAGAAUCUGACUGGGAACUUUUAAAAACAAAUGUUGUUUUUGGUUGUGCAGACUUUUAAUUUGAUGUGCCUGUGUGAAGUUCUCCCAGAUUGAGUAAAACUUUGUUAAUUAAAAUCUGUUAAGUUUAAGUAUAGAUUUUGUAACCUGGAGUCAGGCAAACAAUACUGAUUGUUUUCCCGGCGUUCAGUCAGAUAGCAAUAAUCAAUUUGUCUGUUUGAAUAUCAUGAUCCUGUGAUUGUAGUGAUAGCCGUAGCAACUGCUGCCAUGGUUACCAACAGAUUAAGUCGUUAACCCAUAAUACCUUCAGUAUUAUCUACUGGUUCAUAGUCAUAUAUACUGGGGGAGGUCUUAUUAUUUUCAGUUAGGGUCAUUUAUACUAGGGGAGGUCUUAUUUACUAUUUGAGCAUGUCAACCACAUGAAGGCCGUCUGUCUCUUUUUCUCGGCAUCCUGUUGGUGACCAAACAGUUGCUAUGGCUACAUCUGUUGUGUAGUUACCAAUACAUGUUAUCACACAUCACAGAUAUAAAAGGUUCAUAAUGACAUAUUUUAUUUGUAAAAUAUGAUGUACAUAGUAUGGUUUGAUAAAUUUUAUGGAUUUUUAAAAAUCUUUAUUACUAUUUGUUGUUUUAUUUGUUUUGGUCCUGUAUGAAAAUUUAGCCAAUAUCUGCAGCAAAUUUUGCAAGUUAUUGAAUAAUCCUCUGCUGUUGGGUUGGAGAAUAUAGAAACCCUAAUAUUUGCUUAAACUAUACAUAGAGACAAAGAUUUCUUCCUCAUGAAAUUUUUAUGGCAUGUUUUUUUGAAAACCAGUUGAAAUGUAAAGCAAUACUGUUUUAUCUACCUCACAGACCAUGUCCUCCACCUGGGGACACCAUCAAACACGGCAACAUAACUAAUGGCAAUAGGCAUCGAAACCUUUGGUACAUAUAUGGGGAUUCUUUCAAGUCCAGUGUAAUUGAAUAGAAAAAAUAUUGCCUCAAAAGUUUGAGUAUGGCCUAUAGAAGAUUGAUAUGACCGCGUAGUUAGAUGUAUGAUCAGGAGGAGCCGGUAUGGUCUGUGAGAUGUACUAUUGUACAGAAGUCUAGAAUGCAUGAUUAAAUUUAUGACUGAACAUCAGGUGGUACUUACGAUAUUUUUGAACUUUUUCCAAUAUUUAUGUAUAUACUGCUGUUUAAUGCUGAACUUAUAUUAUAAUAAUGAACUUAACAAAAAAAAAUCAUUUAAAGUUGAUUAUGUAUGAUUGAAGGGGAAAUUAGUUUCAAAAUUGGUUGUGUAAAUUUGUGAUCCUAAAUAAAUGAAAAAAAAGUAUGAAAAUAAAAUAAAAAGAUAGAGAAAUGAGUUGGGAAAAAAAUUGGAAAAAAAAAAUAUCUUAAAAAUAAGCUUAUGUUUGAUUACACCAGUUGAUUUUUAUCUUAACCAAUACAACCGAUUGAUUACCCCCCAUUUAACAUGAGUAUUUGGUGUGAUUUUUGUGUGAGUAUUGUGAGAUCUGGUUUAUGUAUAAGUGGACCUCUUGGUUUGAGAUUUGUACCGUAAUUGACACAGCUAAUCUGUUGACAUAUUCAUCCCUUGUCUCUAAAAUCAUCUACGAUUUUUUUUUUUUUUUAUCACGCAAGCAAUUCAUGCAUAAUGUUAUAUAUACGCAUAAAUUGAGGUUACCAUUUGGUACUCAACAUUGUAUCGAAGCUUUAGUUAAUAUUUGGUACUCAUUGUUGUAUCAAAGUUUUAUGUAUUUUAUUCAAUAACAACAGAAGCAGUGUGCUGAUGAGAUGAAUUACGGUACAGGUCUCUACCAUAUUAAAACUACUGUGUUUUACGUCAUACGACAGCCUGUCACAAGUGACGGUAGAUUAGCGAGACUGCACCGCGACAAGAGGAUGUGUGGAACCAGUGACGUCUACACCAGUAUGUAAAUAAAGGUUUUAUAUAAUUGAUUGUCAAGGGAAAAUAAUUCAUUUGUUUUAUUAUGAUGAUGUUGAUAAAUUGUAAUAUUUAAUAUCUUGUUGUAGUGGUAUACAUAAGAUCUUAUGAAGAUAUCGUAAGACUUAAGGAUGGAGGCCCUUUCGGGGGUUACUAUUCGUAGUAGUAUACAUAUAUAUAAAUAUAUAUACAUACGAUUAUUAAGAUAUUGUAAGAUUUAUAUUGGGGCCCCUUCAGGGGUAACUGUUUGUACAGUGUCAUGUUGGUAUAUUAUGAUGUUGAUUGAUUGCCAUCAGUUUUAGUCACAAAUGUUAUUGUAGUUAUACCGUAGUAAACUAAUAAUUUCAUUGUCAUCGCUAAACACAGCUGUAACCAUCAUGAGCUUUUGUAAUGUAGGCAACACUGUCAUGGGGUAAGAAAAAACACAUCAAGUUUUUAAGUAGAUUGAUAAAAAGUUGUUAAGAGUAUGAAGUUGUAAAUUAUGGAUGUAAGAAUUAAGAACAGAAAGAGAGCAAAGAAGAAAGUCUUUGAAAGCCAUCAAAUGAUUUAUUGCAGCAGAAUUGACCUGUUUUUCAUUAGUAAGUAGAAAGGAAAAUGGGGAAAAUUCUUCAUUUGUUUGGCUAAAAGACUGGUUGUUGUGUUAAGAUUUUCUUAAAGUUGAUGUGUCUCGAUGACUUUGUUGCCCUGCUUUUAUUAAUUCUGUCCAUGUUUUGUUCACGGGAAAUUGACGACCCAGAUAGAAAUAAAUGUAGGUAUAUACAUUAUUCUGGAAGUUAUGCCAUAGUGCUAUUUAUGGUGAAAUGCUACAUUAUCAUGUCAAGUUUGUAAUAGAAAAAUACAAAUUUCAGGGUCCAAUCUUGUCUCAAAACGCAAGUCAUUUGUGAUUUGUGGAUUUUUUUUUUUUCUAUUUUUUUUUUCAAAAUAUAGAAAAAAAAGUUGUUAUAUAUUAUGUAAAUUUCUGUUGCAUAUUGUGUAUUUUUCUCUUCAUGUAAUUUAAAACUUGUACUUGCUGGACAAAUUAUGUUAACGCCCUCUGUACAUAGAUAUAUUUACUCUCUCUCUACAUGUAUUGCUAGUUUGUAUGUACUUUAGAUGGGGUUCCCACGGGUAAGUCAUCCAAAGAUGUUUACAAUUGUUUAAUUUAUAUCCAGUUUCCUUUCAUUACAGCUUUGAUUUAGGGUUUUCGUAUACAACCUAAACAUGGGUUUCCUGCAGAUUUUUAGUAAGAAUCAUCCACAUGGAUUUCCCGCUCUUAAUUAAAAUUGACACAUGAACAUUAUGAUAUGAAAAUACUUUAGCAUUUUGACCAGUUUCAAAAUUCUGUCCUUAAUUCUUUUUGUAAGCUGACAAACUAAGUCUGGCAAGCGGAAUUUGAUGAGCUAGGAAUUUAACUCAGCUCAAAUAGACCCUCACCAGAAUUUUCUUUGACAGACUAUUAGUACAAAUAAAAAAUGAAGGGGAAAAAAUCCUUUAAAAUAUGUUACUGAAAAUCUGUGGAAACUUGAAAAGUUUUAAUUUUUACAGAUAGAUAAUUUGCUUUACUGAAAAAAGUAUAUAUCAUUUAAUAACAUAUCAAAAUAGACUACUUUUUACAAAGAAAAGCUUCUUACCAAAAACAUUAAUUCAAUAUUGAUGUAUAAGAAAACCUGUGGUGAGCCCCAUAGAUCUUCUGGCAGGUGAUAUCAACGCUGGAGUGCGAAGCUAUUGGUGUAGUAGUGUGUAUAUGUGUAGUAGGUAAACAUCAACCACAUUCCUUCUAUUGCUCUUGAAACCAGCAGUCUGAAUUUUUGGAAGGGUUAGAUGAAAUACAUAUGUGUUUAUAUAUACAUUACAGUAAAACUUUACUUUCCAUACCAGUGGUAAUUUGGAUUUUGAGUUUUGAGCUCUUUUGGUUGUACAAGACUACAAGCCCAAAUGGUUGUGUCAUAUCCCCUAUCCGUAUUGUUUUAUCCGAUAUCUGACCCCUAUUGUUGAAUAUGAUAUCUGACCCCUAUUGUUUUUUCUGAUGUGUGACCCCUAUUGUUUUAUCCAAUGCCUGACCCAUCUGGUUGUACUUUGAUAAUUAUAGCUCUAAUGGUUGUUAAUAACCUGCCUUAUAUGGCUGUAUCAUAUUCAAACCUAUAAUUUCAUCUGAUUCGCCCCUAUGGUUGUGCAAGAUUCUGUAUAGAUUCCCGCCCUAUAAUUAUGGUUGUAAAUUUCGAGCCUCAAUGGUUUCAUCUGAUCACUGAUCCCUGUUGUAUAAUAUUCUGUAUAGAUUCUAAGCCAUUAUAUGGAUUUAGUUUCGAUGUCUAAAUAUUUUUGUGAAAUUUCCUGUUCAUGUAGUUGCAUUUGCCCCAAUUGUUGUAUCUGACUUCUGGCUCCUAAAGUUGUAUUCGAUUCUGAAUAGAUUUCCAUCCUAAAAGGUUGUAGAUUCCAAUCCCUAUGGUUGUGUAAGACUGAAUAGAUUUCCAUCCUAAAAGGUUGUAGAUUCCAAUCCCUAUGGUUGUAUACGAUUCGGAAUAGAUUUCCGCCAUACAAGGUUGUAGAUUCCAAUCCCUAUGGUUGUAUACGAUUCGGAAUAGAUUUCCGCCGUACAAGGUUGUAGAUUCCAAUCCCUAUGGUUGUAUACGAUUCUGAAUAGAUUUCCAUCCUAAAAGGUUGUAGAUUCCAAUCCCUGUGGUUGUAUACGAUUCUGAAUAGGUUUCCAUCCUAAAAGGCUGUAGAUUCCAAUCCCUGUGGUUGUAUAUGAUUCUGAAUAGAUUUCCGCCGUACAAGGUUGUAGAUUCCAAUCCCUAUGGUUGUAUAAGAUUCGGAAUAGAUUUCCGCCGUACAAGGUUGUACAUGUAGACUCCCAAUUUCCAUAUUGUAGAUCCCUACCUUAUAUGGUUGUGCAGCAAUUGGAAAGGAAAUUAGCUGGUGUGUAUAUAUACACAUAUGUAUUUAUAUAUGUGUAGGGGAAGGAACAAAAUCCUAAUGUUACCUCCAUUAUCAGAAGAGUUCCAAUUUCAGGCAUUUUCUCUGAGGGAGCCGUUUUGAACAAAUGGAGUGCUAUUCGUUGUAUUUAUAGGGUAUAUAAUUGGACUGAAACUAGUAUUACAUUCAAUUUUUUAUUAAGUUAUUUAUUGAAUUUUAUAAGGUUUGCAGGCCUGCAUGUUUGCCAUGAAACACAAGAUCUCAGGGAACAUUUUGUGUGUUUUGUCAUUGUGAAUAUAGAAUAGGAAAAUCCAGUACUCAUGUAAUCUUUUGACUAUUCAAGUAGGAAUAGGGGAAACCAGGUAGAUACCUAUAUUUAAGUGAUAUAUCCAUCGCCUACAUCAGCACUCGUGUAGAAUUCUUAAGAUGUGCAUAUAAUACAUGUUAUUUAUUGUAGUGAGAAAUCAUAUCCCAGGAUUGUCUUGGUCAUGUGACUUUUCUGUCCAUUUGUGGUUGGUUUGCUAUUGAUUAUGUCAAAAGUUUUCGGAAUUACAUAAUUCAAAUUGAUAAAAUAUAAUACUUUAUUAGGUAUAAAUCUUACUUCAAUGAUUAGAGAUUUUAAAUCCAAAACUAAAUUUAUAUAAAAACUCCUGAAUGCUAUUGACAUCGUAAGAAAACACAGGUAGAACUGAAAAUAAUAUCACUGUUCUCCGAAGGUGCCAUAUAGAUGGUCUGACACAUGACCUUGAUCUGGUACAUGACCUUGACAGUACUGGAGGUCCGUAGCGAGUCCCUGUCACACAGGGAUAUGUUUGUAUCUUGUGUUACCUAUAACGUGUGUGUAACAUCCCCUGUACCCUGAUCUAUCUGGAAGUUUAGUGUAGUCCUAGUUGUUAGUCACCUCAGAGGCCAAUCAAUGAUUUGCUGAUUACUUUAAUAGGAGAUCUGGUCGUUUUAGGGACAGAGCGUUAGAAUUCCUGGGAAUUUGAGAGACCUAACUGGUAUUCUUUUGAAUUUGUGCAUUCAAAAUUGCUUUAAGCCCUUCUAAAUUAUUUCAAACUUGAAUACAUAUAGCAAUCUACUUUUUUCUGGUUCUGAUUACUGUAAUGGUAUAUAUUUUCGGACACUCAGCACAUACUGAAUUAAGGUGGAUUAGCACGAUGAUAAAUGACCAUCCAGAGCCAUUGUGGUAGAAAGCUAUACAGAAACUGACUAAAUCCAUCAUAAUCAAGAGGAAUGUUUUCAUCAUCAGAAAAGUAUAGAGUAGUCAAAAACUUGAAUCUAAUUGAAAUAAAAACGGAAAUGUCAAAUCAUUUGUUGUGUAGCCCUCUGAUGAAUCAGUGUACCUGACGAUUAUAAUAAACCGGUCCAGUCUUUGUGGAGACUGGAGUUUAUUAUAUCCGACAGUAGUAGUUAGUAGCCCUGUGAGGCUGUAGUCUUUUAGUCCUAACCCAGCCGAUAAUUUAUGUUUUCUGCUAUUUCCUAAUUAAUACUAGUUUCAGUCCAAAUUAAUUUUGAUCUCAAAAUAGUUAACCAGUAGAGAAACGUAGUGUCAGAGAUAGAUUUAUAUUAUAAGAUAUAAAAAGUCUGAUAUUUAUUUCAUUCUACCAGUAUUUUGUACAUUUUCUUCAAAGAUCUGAAAUAAUUUAUGUUUUUAGAAUACAACAGACAAACGGUGAUAUAUGUUUUUUGUAUAAAGAUUUACAAGUUCAAUAGGCCGUGUGUUUUACCUGUUCCUUGGUAGUAGCCAUAUUUAAUCCUGUCAUCACACGUAGAGGUCAACGGUCAACUAUUUAAACAGCUUUUUGACCAAUAGACCUUGUGUAGACUGAUAGUUUGCUUAUAAUGCAUGUGUUGUCAUCUCGCAUAUUAAUGAGAACAAAAGUUAUAAAAAACGACUAUUGUCUUUCAAUUUUACAAACCCGUUCACCGGGGAUAUAGAUACAUUUUGUACCUAGCUUUAAAUAAUGUCUAUACAAAAUACAUGUUGGUGUAUGUAAUUGUUAUACUUUAAAAUAAGAGCUCCCCAAAAUUUGUGCACUGCUGCGUUUCUACUUGUAUUAGAUUAGAUGGAAAAUUUAGAGUAGAUAUUUAAUUUAUAAUGUUUUGAAGACAAACAAAAAAUUAACAUUUUAAAAAGUAUUUAUGAAUAAUCAAUGGCAAAUUGUUAUUAUUUUAUUUUUUUUGUAAAAAUCUGAAAUGUGCCAAAGUUGCAGAUUUUUAUUUGUUUGUGACACAUAGUAUGUCACAUCUGAACACGAAGUUAUAUGAUGGCUGUAGUUCUAAGACCCGCCCUCAUCUCUGUUACCGUGGAAACUGCUACGAUGAUUGACAGGUGCUGACUGUCCACUCUCUAUCUCCUAUGCUUAGAAUGGUUGGGCCAUACAUAUCAAGUUGAAGAGUUUCAUGUAUGUUUUUUGGAAGCUGUGACCUAAACCGUAAUGGGGGGGUUCUCUAAGUGAAAGUUUUGUGAGUUUGCUGUUACUACUCUAAUCUAUCGGGCUAACUGUGUCAUUCUUGUAUAGUGUAUUUGUGAACGUUCCUUUGAAUUAAAAGGUAUAUUCAGAAAAAAA